AGAACGGAUGAACUAAAAGAUAACAGAUUGAGGUCACACCGGCGUAUAUAAAAUAUAAUUUAGGCACAAUCACCACAGACAUUCCAGAUGGAACCAAUGAUGUGGUCCGUCAUCACACUGUGCGCUUCGCUGCUCUGUUAUGUGGCAGCAGAGCAACUUGAACUGAUUGAUACGCCAGUGAGCUUCUCAGAAGCCGAGAAGGAAUGUGUUGCGAAAGGUGGCCAUCUUGCAUCCAUCCACGACCGAAACCAUAACGACAGACUGAAGGACAAAUGCAGAGGUUCUGGUACUCAGCACAACUGCUGGAUUGGUCUGAAGAAUGAUGGACAAGGCUGGAAGUGGACCGAUGGCACCACAGUGGACUACACAUUCUGGCAUGCCGGAAAUCCCACUACCGAGGCCGGGGCAGUAUGUGCUGCCCUCAUUCGCCAAUACAGCGACCGUGGCGAGUGGAUAUCAGAACAAUGUGACGCCCCCGACACAAAAGCAGUGGCAAUCUGUUCUAUUGGUGGAAGCCAGAACCCCAACACAGGACACACCAGCCAGCCAGUCACAUCACAACCACUGACGCCAAACCCAGGGACGUCAAAACCUGUAACCAUGGCAGUAACUGAUAUAGGGAAGGUUGCAGCUCGAAAUGGAGGCCGUUUAAAGAUUCAAGGAACGCACUUUGAAAAAGAUGGACAGCGUGUAUUUUUGUCUGGCGUUAAUCUGGCUUGGAUAGCGUACGGGUACGACUUCGGGGACGGACAAUACCAAAAAAGACGUGCCCGGUUCGAAAACUAUCUCAAGCUUGUGAGCGACAACGGUGGAAACUCAAUCAGAGUGUGGGUUCACAUCGAGGGCGCCACAUCACCCCACUUCGACAGCAAUGGAAACGUUUUGAGUCUCGAUCAAAAGGGAACAUUCCUGAGUGACAUGCAUGAGUUCCUGGAGUCGGCCAGAAAGUACAACGUCCUCGUCUUCUUCUGUCUUUGGAAUGCUGCUGUCAAACAGAAUCACGCCAAUAUGGACGGACUAAUAAAGGACAUGACCAAGCUACAGAGUUACCUCGACAAUGCCCUGAUCCCAUGGGUGAAGGCGGUGAAGGACGAACCUGCCAUGGGAGGCUGGGACAUCAUUAACGAGAUGGAAGGGGAGAUGAAGAAGAACAUGGCCAGUACAGACCCGUGUUACGACACUACCAUACUUGCCCACAAAGGAACCGGUUGGGCAGGCCAGCUUUACUCGCCACAAGAGUUUCAAAGAUUCAUUAACCGUCAGAUAGCAGCUAUUAAAUCAGCAGAUCCAGAAGCUCUUGUGACUGUCGGCUCUGGUUCUGACAUGAGUAACAAGCUGGGUAGCCAGAACUACUACAGCGAUACCUGCCUCAUCAAAUCAGGCGGCCAAAGAAUGGGGACGCUAAGUUUCUACUCUGUUCAUUCGUAUGACUGGCAGGGCAAGUUCCCCUCCGACUCGCCUUUUCUGCACUCGGCGUCUGAAUAUGGGGCGGACCGACCAAUCAUCAUCGGAGAGUUCAGCCAGGUCAAAGGGGCUGGGAUGAAGAUAGAAGACAUGUUCCAGUGGGCAUAUGAUAAAGGGUAUGCCGGAGCAUGGAGCUGGCAGGCUCUGGCUACUGGAGGUGGAUCUGACACCAUCGAUACCCAGACGAAGGCUCUCCUCUACAUGAGGAACAAAGACGAUCAGAGCAAAGGGGGUUUGGUCGCAAUAAAGUUGUAAUUGCU